CUCCAGCUCGCGAGACCCGGCCCAGCCGGCUAGACGACGCAGCCGAGGAGGCGGGGAGACGUUACGUUGACGCUGGCGUGACCCUCCCGGAGAAUUUGGCGGGAUCUCCGAAAGUUGCUGCCAGGCGGGGAGAGCUCUGCUACCUGAGACUCUGGUCUGAGGAACGCUGACGCGCCCUGAGGGGCGUAGUUGGGGGCUAAAACUCGCCUGGGUUGUGUGCAGAAGGCCGGAACGAGGGAGUAGAGAAGUUAGCAGCAAGGGAGGGCGUCUGGAGUCCGUCUGGGGUCGGGGACGUCCGCGGACCAGACCAGCGGACGGCAGGCGGAGCGCGCAGCCCGCCCGAGUGAGAAGCGCUGUGGACCGAGUGUAUGCUGAGUAAUGGCUAUGCAAAUGCAGCUUGAAGCAAAUGCAGAUACUUCAGUGGAAGAAGAGAGCUUUGGCCCACAACCUAUUUCACGAUUAGAGCAAUGUGGCAUAAAUGCCAAUGAUGUGAAGAAAUUGGAAGAAGCUGGAUUCCAUACCGUGGAGGCUGUUGCCUAUGCACCAAAGAAGGAACUAAUAAAUAUUAAGGGAAUUAGUGAAGCCAAAGCUGACAAAAUUCUGACCGAGGCAGCUAAAUUAGUUCCAAUGGGUUUCACUACAGCAACUGAGUUCCACCAAAGGCGGUCAGAGAUCAUACAGAUUACUACCGGCUCAAAAGAACUUGACAAACUACUUCAAGGAGGAAUUGAAACGGGAUCCAUCACAGAGAUGUUUGGAGAAUUCCGAACUGGAAAGACUCAAAUCUGUCAUACGUUGGCUGUAACAUGCCAGCUUCCCAUUGACCGAGGUGGAGGAGAAGGAAAGGCCAUGUACAUUGACACCGAGGGUACCUUUAGACCAGAACGGCUGCUAGCAGUGGCUGAGAGAUAUGGCCUCUCUGGCAGUGAUGUCCUGGAUAACGUAGCAUAUGCUCGAGGGUUCAACACAGACCACCAGACCCAGCUCCUUUAUCAAGCAUCAGCCAUGAUGGUAGAGUCUAGGUAUGCACUGCUCAUUGUAGACAGUGCCACUGCCCUCUACAGAACGGACUAUUCGGGUCGAGGGGAGCUUUCAGCCAGGCAGAUGCACUUGGCCAGAUUUCUGCGGAUGCUUCUGCGACUUGCUGAUGAGUUUGGUGUGGCAGUGGUAAUCACCAACCAGGUGGUAGCCCAAGUGGAUGGAGCAGCCAUGUUUGCUGCAGAUCCUAAAAAACCUAUUGGAGGAAAUAUCAUUGCUCAUGCCUCAACAACCAGACUAUAUCUGAGGAAAGGAAGAGGGGAAACCAGAAUCUGCAAAAUCUACGACUCGCCCUGUCUUCCUGAAGCUGAAGCUAUGUUUGCCAUCAAUGCAGAUGGAGUGGGAGAUGCCAAAGACUGAAACAUUGGGGUUUUUCCUGUGCUAAACCUUAAGUGCUAUAGACUGUUGGAGAAGACUGCUCCCUGGGGUUCUUCAUAGGCCUCUUCCUGUUGUGACUGCCAGAAAAAGGCUUCCGGAAAAACAUCUAUUGUAUCGGCUUUUCUGAUGGUGUAAACAGGAGACAGGUCAGUAGUCACAAACUGAUCUGAAAUGUUUA